CGUUGUUUGAUUCCGUACGAGAGACAAGGACGUCGUCACGGAGAGAUGAGUUACUCUCUGUCUAGCGAGUCACGUUAUUCAGAGACUAAAUGCCGAAUGGCACAUGCUUGUGUUAUGCGAGGCUCCAACAUUAUUAUGUUGGGCGGUGACACGGAAUCAGAAUUCACUUGGCCAGGCAAACACAGCAGAAUGGAACUGUACAUCUACAAUACUGAAUCAGACAAAUGGCAAUUAUUAGAAACUGGAGGAUGUAUAGACGAGUCAAUUUGGUCUGGUGGGUGUGCUGCAGCGGUGGACGAAACACUCUACGUUUUAUGUGGAUUUGAUUCAGACAAUAGUGAAAGAUCAAAUUCGGUUUACUCUUUAGAUUUUCAUACCAUGAAAUGGCAACAUGUAGUGCCAACCUUUGAUUCUGAAAUACCUUCAAGAAGAGACAAGUUUUGUGUUUGGACAAACGAGAAAAGGAUUUAUAUAUUUGGAGGAUUUGGUCCACCUGGAAAAAUGAAGUCUAAAUUUGUUUUAUUGGAUGGCUUUUCUGGGUGGAACAACAGCAUUCAUGUAUUUGACACUGAAAGUAGCAGAUGGAGUGAGUUAAUUGCUCAGGGGAGUAGUCCUUGUCCUCGAGCUGCUCAUGCUGGUGCAACAUAUGGAAAACGUGGAUAUGUGUUUGGAGGCCGCUUUCAGAAUACAAGGAUGAAUGACAUUCAUUAUUUGGAUUUGGAAACUGAAACAUGGAGCGGAUGCAUUGAAACCGUUGGUAUCAAACCGGAAGGUCGAAGUUGGCAUUCUCUUGCCUGUGCAGGCAGUAGUUUCCUGUUUCUUUAUGGUGGAUUUAAUACAGAGAACCACAUUUUAGAUGAUGCUUGGCUUUUUAAUAUUGUAACAUGUGAAUGGAUACAAGUUUUGGCUCGACCUCCAUGUAUUGCAACCAGAAUGUGGCAUACGGCUUGUUCAUCUGGACGUGGUGAAGUGUAUGUGUUCGGUGGGUCAUCGGCAUCUAUUUUUGGAUCAAAAGAGACAUUACAACAUGGCAGACAUAUGCUAAUUUUCAAAUGCGAUGCUUCAAGUUUAUUGAGAUUGUGUAUUGAUUUCAUUGUCCAACGACCAUUUCUAUUUCAUCAAUUUUUCCCUGCAUUACCUGUUGGACUAAGAAGGCAGAUUGAAGCUCAACUGGAGUCAUUGUAAAUUGUUUCAACCCAACUUUGGAUGACAAAUACCGUAGGCAUUAUAGACUACUGCUGGUAUGUCAGUUUUUAGUGUAGACCUGAACAUAGUCUGUAUUAAACUUUUAGUGCAGUAGCAUUGAUGAGCACUGUGGUUUGGUAUGGCACAGUUGUGCUGUUGAUGCUUGUCUAUUUCUUUUAAUUUUAAGACAAAUGACAGACAAAUAUCAGAGGUG